AUGUAUAGGAUUAUGGCGCUUCAAUUUCCUUUACCCUUUUUCGUAAACAAAUAUACAAUGCACUUUCCCAACUGGGAAACGCUGCAAUAUGGAACAAAGCGUCUACCAAACGGAGACGACUACUCUCUACGUCGGAAGUUAUUUUGAGCCUGCAGCUCGAGUGGAGGGUGUUUCUGUGAUACUCCAGCCAAUCACGUUGGCAGACAUGACGGCGCAACAGUUAGUCCCUUUAGCUUCACUGGAAAUACUUCGAUACCAACAACACUUUUGUUAGCUGUAAGCAAGCUAUAUAUAGCUAGCAAAAUAAGAUACUGAAAAGACUGGCAGUGGCUGCCAACAAUGCAACGUUUCUCAAAGGGUGGAGCAAAACUGGAAAAUGUAUUCGAAAGAGCAAAGUAACAUGUAUGAAUAACUUUAUUUUAACUCGCAACUACUGGCUAUGAGAACAGCUAACGUUAGCAAAGAAUUCCAGAAGAACUAACGUUAGCUAGCUAAAUAACUAAGACAUGGCUACCACCAGGGAAAUACAAUACCGAAGCCCCACAGUGAGUAUCAAGCAGGAGCAGGACGAUGACUCGGACACGGAGGAGUCUCACAUUGGUUUCAAGAAGUCGGAUGGACGCGAGUCGCAGAUAAUCCACAGUGGUCACUUCAUGGUGUCCUCGCCGCACAUUGAACACCCACCAAGAAAAGGUUACGAUUUCGACACAGUCAACAAACAAACCUGUCGGACGUAUCACUUCGGGAAGAAGUGUACAUCACAUCUCUCCAUUGACGCGUCGUUGACAAAACUUUUCGAAUGCAUGACCCUUGCAUACAGCGGAAAGUUGGUGUCACCAAAAUGGAAGAACUUCAAAGGCCUGAAGUUGCUGUGGAGAGACAAGAUCCGACUCAACAAUGCUAUCUGGAGGGCCUGGUACAUGCAAUAUGUGGAGAAGCGAGAGAACCCUGUCUGCCAUUUUGUUACUCCUCUGGAUGGGACCGUGGACAUGGAGGACCAUCGUCCGGCAGAGGCAAUUGCCACAGAGGGGAAAUAUUGGAAAAGAAGAAUUGAAAUUGUAAUUCGAGAGUAUCACAAGUGGAGGACAUAUUUCAAGAAAAGGUUACAGAAGCACAAGGAUGACGAUCUCUCAAGCCUUCUCAAGGGGCCGGAAGAACAGUUUUCGCUGUUUGGGGAUGUCUUUCCAGACACCUUCCGUGUGUCCCUUUAUCAGGAUGAGGAAAUGGCUGGGCGCCGCAUUGCUCGCAAGAGCCGUGAGUCACCCGUCCCCAUGGAGAUGGACCCACUCUUUGACAUGGAUGUGCUGAUGUCAGAGUUUUCUGACACACUCUUCUCCACGCUGGCCUCCCACCAGCCCAUGGCCUGGCCCAAUCCCAGGGAAAUAGCUCAUGCAGGGAACGCAGACAUGAUCCAGCCUGGACUCAUCCCCCUACAGCCCAACCUGGACUUUAUGGACUCCUAUGAGCAAUUACAAGACUUAUUUCACAGCCUCCGUCAGCCCAUCUUCCCCUCUGCUUCCCUCACUGCCUCAUCCGCCACUCCUCUACACAGCAGUAGCUCUCAAUCCCAGGGCCAGCUUCUCUCCUCCAUGCACCUCUCAGCUGACCUUCCGCCCGUCAGUCAUGACCACAGACUCAUCGCCUCCCAAGCCCCCCUGACUAUCUCCUCCCUCAUGUCCAAUCAAACCAGUGGAAGCCCCUCUUAUGUACAGAACUACAUGCCUCUGUUCUCUGGGCCGGUGCCCCCUAGUGCUCAGGUUGGAGGCUCCUCCCUCAUGCAAACCUCAGCCCUUCCCACGGUGCGGCACACCCAGACCUGCCAGGGUGCUGCCACCCCAACAUUAGUAGCCCCCCCACCCCUAGACGAUGCCACAAGCCUGGACGGUUCCCCGCCCUCAUCUGUCAUCACACAUACAAUCACCUCCACUGUUCUACCCAGUGAUGCUGCCACCACCUUCAGUCACAGCUCUGACUUCAGCUCCCUAAACCGGGAACCUCCACCACCACCCCUCCAGCCCCUGCCACCCUCACCUGCCACCACCCCACAACACUCCCAGACCUUCGCCCUGCCCAGACCCAUCCUGCCCUCUUGCUCCAACAAAAAGACACGCCGUGUCCAAAGGAUUGUUCCUGCCAUCUCCUCGUCUCACCUCAUCCUAACAGCACCCUUCCCAGGGCAUACCAGUGCAGUGAUUGUUACUCCAACCCCCCUGAAAGCAGAUGUGGUUCCCUCAACGGGCGUGAUCAUCGGCUCCUCCAGCCUAUCAAGGGCUCCUGGAUUUCACAUCCUUCCACAGACUCCGAAGUCUCCCCAGCUCAUUAUCCCUAAAGAGGAGACCUACUCUUCCAGCCGCAAGAAACAAGAACCCUCCACAAGUACUGGGCAUGAGGACCAUAGCUCAGGUCAGGGGUCACUGUGUGGGUCAGAGCAGGUCUCCAGUCCUCAGUCUCCACACAGCAGCUGCAUUGCCCUUUCCAAGAACGAGUCCAACCAGAGCCGUAGGGUGACCCAUAUCACUGCUGAACAGAAGAGGCGCUUCAACAUCAACAUUGGCUUCAAAAUGCUGUGCAGCCUGAUUCCUGCUCUCAAGUCCCAGUCCAAUAUCAGUAAUGCAGUCACGCUGCAGAAGACAGUGGAGUACAUUACGAAGCUGCAGCAGGAGAGGCAGCAGAUGCAGGAGGAGACCAAAAGGCUACGGGAGGAGAUUGAGGAGGUCAAUGCCUCCAUAAAUGUGUGUCAGGAGCAGCUGCCUGCUACAGGUGUGCCCAUCACACGCCACCGAUUCGACCACAUGCGGGAGAAGUUUGAUGAGUACGUGAAGAGCCGCACACUUCAGAACUGGAAGUUUUGGAUCUUCAGCAUCAUUAUUAAACCCCUAUUUGAAUCCUUCAAUGGGACUGUCUCCACCACAAGCAAAGUGGAGCUGUGUGAGACCACACUGCAAUGGCUGGACCGUCACUGCUCCCUCCAUGUGCUGAGGCCCAUGGUACUGAGCACUCUCCGACAGUUCAGCAUUAGCACAUCCAUCCUUACUGACCCCACCCUUCUGCCUGAGGAAGCCACCCAGGCUGUCACCAACACCCACAGUCACUUUGCAGACUCCUAGCCGCACCUCCAGGGGAGGGGAAGAUUGAUUCAGAUAGAGUGCAUGGUCAUAGUACCCUCUAGUAUAGCACUCCACAGAGGGUCUCUACCACAAAGUACUCUAACCUCUCCAGAUUGAAAAAGACCUUGAAACUACAGAAUGGAAAAGUACCAGCACUAGUUUGCCGUAAAGGUAAACCAAAGAAGUUACUCUGUCUUCCACCCUAUCCAUUACCAUUUAGAACAGGACAUGAAGUUUGUGGUCUUUUUAUACGUGACCUCAUCCAGCUUACUGACCUCUCAUUCCUACACAUUGCCUGGGCUUUGCGGUCAACAACCCAAGCUCGGUGCAUUACUUUGGAUGAUCAAUACACACCACACACAGAACAACAUUUGCAGCAUAUUAUGAACCCAGCAAUAACAUUGCUCUUUGUUAAUGUAACUCGCCACACUGUUGAUGGUGGAACUCCCAAUUAGUUUUAAGGCUUGCAGUGCCUUCAGAAAGUAUUCACACCCCUUGACUUUUUCCACAUUUUGUUGUGUUAUAGCCUGAAAUUAAAAUGGAUUAAAUGUCGUUUUUUUUGUCACUGGCCUACGCACAGUACCCCUACGCACAGUACCCCAUAAUGUCAAAGUGUAUAUAUAUAUAUUUUUUUAAAUAAAAUUACAAAUUCAUUCAAAAUGAAAAGCUAAAAUGUCUACAGUCAAUAAGUAUUCAAUGCUUUUGUUAUGGCAAGUCUAAAUAUAUUCAGGAGUAAAUAUUUGCACAUAUGUUGUAUUGACUCACUCUGUGUGCAAUAAUAGUGCAAUAAUAGUGUUUAACAGGACUAACCCAUCUCUGUACCCCACACAUACAAUUAUCUGUAUGGUCCCUCAAUCAAACAGUGAAUUUCAAACACAGAUUCAACCAGAAAGAUCAGGGAGGUUUUCAAAUGGCUUGCAAAGGAGGGCACCUAUUGGUAUAUUUGUAAAAAAAAAAAAGGCGUUCUUCCUAAUUCAGUAGCCGGAGAGGAACGAAACCAAGCUCUCAUGGUUACAGAGUUUAAUGGCUGGGAUAGGAGAAAACUGAGGAUGGAUCAACAACAUUGUAGUUACUCCACAAUACUAACGUAAUUAGAGUGAAAAGAAGGAAGCCUGUACAGAAUUGUAUUUUCUUCUCCAAAACAGGCAUUCUGUUUGCAACACGGCCCUAAAGUAAUACUGUAAACAAUUAUGCAAAGCAAUUCACUUUUUGUCCUGAAUACAAUGUGUUAUGUUUGGGGGAAAUCCAAUUCAACACAUUACAGAGUAUUACUCUCUCUAUAUUUGCAAGCAUAGUGGCUGCAUCAUGUUAUGGGUAUUUUUAGGUUCUGAACAAAGAGUAAAAACUCAAAAGGACGACUAGGAAAAGCUCAAACCAAGUUAUUCCCCCACUGGGUAAAACAGCUGCAAAGGCAAAAGACGUGUUUACACAAGCACAUAUAUUUAUACCCUUCUACUAGGCUGUGUCAACUCUUUGCACAUCUAAACAGCCAAUACAUCUCUUUUGCAAGUCCGGACUUAAUUGGUUCCUCUCACUGGUGUGGUCAUGGCCCCGCCUCCUGCUAGAACCUUCAUGGGCAUGGAAGUAUAAUGUUUGUAACAUGACUGUUCCUUGUCACUUCAUCUGACCCGACCUCGGGACAAAUUCCUCACUCCUCCCUACUCCACGGCUGUCCUACCUUAUCAGUGACUGAAACCAGACUGUUGCAGUUUGCUUCUCUCUUUAGGAGCCAUGAGAUUUAACAAUACCAUGUUUUGAGAAUGUAAACUUUCUGCACUCCCCCUUCCUCACUCAGUAACUGUCCAUACACCGAGUUCUUACACUCUCUAUAGACCCAAACGUAUGCAUUCCGUAUACAUGUAAAGUAAUCAAUAAGUUCUAGUAUGGUAACAUUAAUAAGUAUAUUUCAAACUAGAAUCCAACAUUAUGCUUGUAAUCGUUAAGGACUGUGAAGUUUUUCAGGUUAAAAAAGAAACAGAAUGUAGCUAAGCACAGGCAAAAUCCUAGAGGUUCAGUCUGCUUUCCAACAGACACUGGGAGAUGAAUUUACCUUUCAGCAGGACAAUACCCUAAAACACAAGACUAAAUCUACACUGGAGUUGCUUACCAAGAAGACGGUGAAUGUUUCUGAGAGGCAGAGUUACAGUUUUGACUUAAAUCUACUUGAAAUCUAUGGAAAGACCUGAAAAUGGUUGUCGAGCAAUGAUCCACAACCAAAUUGACAGAGCUUGAAGAAUUUUGAAUCAAAUGUUGCACAAAUCAGGUCUGGAAAGCUCAGAGAUUUACCCUGAAAGACACGCAACUAUAAUUGCUGCCAAAGGUCCUUCUACAAAGUUUUGACUCGUGUGUGAAUACUUACAGAAAUAUCUCAUUUACAUAUUUGAUUUUCAAUAAAUUUGCAAACAUUUCUAAAAACAUGUUUUCACUUUGUCAUUAUGGGGUAUUGUGUGUAGAUGGGUGAGAAAAAAAAUAGAUUUAAUCCAUUUUGAAUUCAGGCUGUAACACACCAAAGAAGAAUGGAGUAAGUAUGAAUACUUUCUGAAGGCACUGUACUUUGGCAGGUAAAUAACAUGGUGUUGAACCAGAGGUGUUUUACCCUGCUUGCUCGUUUUAUUAGGUAUUUUUGUUUUUGAGCUCUUAUUGUUAUUUUAAGGUAUGAAACAAAGAAAAUGGAUUAUGAUUUGUCAUAAAAGGGAAAUAUCUCUUGAAUGAGUUGUAGCGUCCUGAGAUUCUGUUGGUUCUGUUGUUGUUUUCUCUGUUGUAUGACGGUGAGUGUGGAUACAUUGAGUGUUAUCAAAAAGGCUAUAAAAAGGCUUAGCACUGAUUGGCAGUAUGCUUUGAGUACUCUGAAAGCCUUCAGUAACUACUUACUACUGUUUCUUCAUCAUAAUUCGGCUUGUGUGCCUUUGCAUCUGGUGGGGUCUCAAACUGAUGCACAGUUGUCUUCCGUGAAGGGUGAGGGUGUCCCAGUUUUUUGUUGCCAGACGUUCUGGGUAUUCUACACUUUUCAUGGGGUGUUGGACUGUUCAAAUAAUACCAGAAGUCUUUAAUAUCCUCAGUGAUGUUAAGCCAAAGUCUAUCCAUGGAAAAAGGUUCACUUUUCACUCAAGGAAAAUUCAGUCUUUACUAAUGGACCCUGGGUGGUUCCUGGACAAGGCCAUGGACAGGUGUGAAGCACUUUGAGCACAUUUAACCUUACACGCUGCAGCCUACCAUUUCAUUGUCUUUUAAACAAACAUUGUGCUACAGGAGCAUUCAAACAUUAUGUGGUGAAUGUUGAUUCUUCUUGUUCUCUCAGGGAUGCGCUGGUGAGCUUUUUAUUCUGCUCCCUAUAACCAAACAAACAAACACAAUCAGGAUAUUUUAUGAUGAAGAAAGCAUUAGCCAUACUGUAAGCAUACAGGUUACAUACAUAGCAUAUGUAUGAUGUUCUUUUUUUGUUUCUUAUAAUCAAGCCAUCCUUAUGUCUAAGGUAUGCUUAUGACAGCGUUAUGCUAGCCUGUCAAAGAUACAUAGCUCUUCUCAUAGUUCAGAUCGUAUUUGUCUAAGAUACAGUUAAACAUUAUAGGUUAUAUUGCAAAAGUAGAAACUUUAAUUUCACGUCUCUCCUUUAUUAGUCUCAGAAACCCUGACCUACAUUGGUACAUUGUGGGAGGCAUUUAGAGAAACUACUCCUUUAUUAGCAAUGCACCUCAGAACAGCAAAUACAUGAAUAUACUUUAUUAUUGCAACUCCUGACUGUUGCAGAGUGAUAUUUAGUAUUUGUUUUUUGUUGUAUUUAUUAUUUUGAUGCACAAUGGAAUUUGCUUGGAAUUAUAUCACAUUUAGCACUAUUGGUUUUGUAUUUCCUGCAUGUAUGUUAUUUUUUUAGAGGCUAUAUGGGCUUUAUGAGAGUCCUUAAUACAUCUCAAUAACUGUGAUCACCUAAAUGUUUGCACUCUUUGCUACUCUACGAGUGGAGUACCCUUUAUCCUAUGACUGGGGACUGUAUUAUUGUUACUGAUUCUGAGCCCCAUGUACAGUAUUGGCCACAUGAGACAGCAUUUCUGUGGGCUAAUCACAACUAACAUUAAUCUAGUGUUAUUCAGAUCAAAGGUUUUAUUUCUGUUCCAUUCAAAGGGAAUUGGAACUAUGCAAAGACUCCAAAAGAACAAGAGCAGAUGGAUGUCAUUAAAAAUGUGUUUGCCAAGCAGUUACUAUGUGGUGGGGAAAGUUUCCAAUAUUCUUUUGUCAAGAAUCAUGACCUGGUUUAUGUUAUAAAACAAGGAUUAACUAUUUUGUUUAAGGGGAGAUUUCAUUUAUGAGAUUACUUUUUGGGAGUCUUUCUAUGUUUGUUCCCCCUGAAAUACAGUAAGUGCUGUAAAUAUUCUCUUUCUUGGUCUACAAAGUAAAGACAUUUUUUCCCCC